GAGACCCCAGCUUCCUCGGCGCACGCGCCUCCCUUGCACUACGGCCAGCCAGCUAGACUCCUCUACUCCGCUGGGCGCAAUGACGCUAAUUACCGCGAAGCUGGGCGGGGCAGACCGAGGGUGGGAGGGGGAGGAGGGAAAAGAAGGCGAUGGAAAAGCCCUUCCGCGCAGGCGCGUUGCUAGUGGCCUUGCCCGCGUCGGCUUUAUACCAGACAAGGUUGGCAGCUCGGGCCCAACCCCUCAGCUCCCAGCCGCGGCUCCGGCCCCGGCCCCGGCCCCGCUCUGCUUUGGUCUCCUGCUGCGGCAAUAGCCCCGGUGGGUGUAGCCCGGCCCCGCCUCCUUCGCUCUCCCUCCACGCUCCCGCCGCAGCCGCUACCGCCGCUGCCGGUAACCGUCCCUGCGGCCCCCGCCCCCAUCUUCCUCCGCUCCCGCCCCUCCUGCGCCCCCUCUUCCCCCGCCCUAGCCCAGCCUCGCUCCCGCCGCCGCCUCGUCCUCAGACUCUUCUCCCGAUGAGGUGAUGGCAGGGGCCAACUUCGGCAAGAUCCAGAUCGGGAUAUAUGUGGAGAUCAAGCGCAGCGAUGGUCGAAUACAUCAAGCUAUGGUAACAUCUUUAAAUGAAGAUAAUGAAAGUGUAACUGUUGAAUGGAUAGAAAAUGGAGAUACAAAAGGCAAAGAGAUCGACUUGGAAAGCAUCUUUUCACUUAACCCAGACCUUGCACCUGAUGAAGAAAUUGAACCUAGCCCAGAAACACCUCCACCUCCUACCCCUUCAGCCAAAGUAAACAAAAUUGUGAAGAAUCGUCGGACUAUAGCCCCUAUUAAGAAUGACCCUCCUGCAAGAGACAAUAGGGUGAUUGGUUCUGCGCGUUCACGGCCUAGUCAGCUUCCUGAACAGUCUUCUGCUACACAACAGAAUGGUAGUGUUUCAGAUAUAUCUCCAGUUCAAGCUGCAAAAAAGGAAUUUGGACCCCCUUCACGUAGAAAAUCCAAUUGUGUGAAAGAAGUAGAGAAAUUGCAAGAAAAACGUGAGAAGAGGAGGUUGCAGCAACAAGAACUUAGAGAAAAAAGAGCCCAGGAUGUUGAUGCUACAAACCCAAACUAUGAAAUCAUGUGUAUGAUCAGAGACUUUAGAGGAAGCUUGGAUUAUAGACCACUUACAACAGCAGAUCCUAUUGAUGAACACAGGAUAUGUGUUUGUGUAAGGAAACGGCCACUCAAUAAAAAAGAAACAGUAAUGAAAGACCUUGAUGUGAUCACAAUUCCCAGUAAAGAUGUUGUAAUGGUGCAUGAACCAAAACAAAAAGUAGACUUAACGAGGUACCUUGAAAACCAAACAUUUCGUUUUGAUUAUGCCUUUGAUGACUCUGCUCCUAAUGAAAUGGUUUAUAGGUUUACAGCUAGACCAUUAGUAGAAACUAUAUUUGAAAGGGGAAUGGCCACAUGUUUUGCUUAUGGUCAAACAGGAAGUGGAAAAACUCAUACCAUGGGUGGUGACUUUUCAGGCAAGAACCAAGAUUGUUCUAAAGGGAUAUAUGCGCUAGCAGCUCGAGAUGUCUUUUUAAUGCUAAAGAAACCAAACUAUAAGAAGCUAGAGCUUCAAGUAUAUGCAACAUUUUUUGAAAUUUAUAGUGGAAAGGUAUUUGACUUGCUUAAUAGGAAGACAAAGUUGAGAGUGUUAGAGGAUGGUAAACAGCAAGUUCAAGUUGUGGGAUUACAGGAACGAGAGGUUAAAUGUGUUGAAGAUGUUCUGAAGCUCAUUGAAAUAGGCAACAGUUGCAGAACUUCUGGGCAGACAUCUGCAAAUGCACAUUCAUCUCGGAGUCAUGCAGUCUUUCAAAUUAUCCUCAGAAGGAAAGGAAAGCUACAUGGCAAAUUUUCUCUCAUUGAUUUGGCUGGAAAUGAAAGAGGAGCAGAUACUUCUAGUGCAGAUAGGCAAACUCGACUUGAAGGUGCUGAAAUUAAUAAGAGCCUUUUAGCACUCAAGGAGUGCAUCAGAGCCUUAGGUAGAAAUAAACCUCAUACUCCCUUCCGAGCAAGUAAACUCACUCAGGUGCUAAGAGAUUCAUUCAUAGGAGAAAACUCCCGCACAUGCAUGAUUGCUACCAUCUCUCCAGGGAUGGCAUCUUGUGAAAAUACUCUUAAUACAUUAAGAUACGCAAAUAGAGUAAAGGAGUUUGGAAUUAGUCCAUCAGACAUUCCCUUCUCACAGGGUAGUGGCAGUCGCUCUGAUCUCUCUCCUUCCUAUGAGUAUGACGACUUUUCUCCUUCCAUCACCAGGGUAAAAGAAUUGACUGUAGACCCAGCUGCUGCUGGUGAUGUUCGUCCAAUUAUGCAUCAUCCUCCAAAUCAAAUUGAUGAUUUAGAAACACAGUGGGGUGUAGGAAGUUCACCUCAGAGAGAUGACCUAAAACUCCUUUGUGAGCAAAAUGAGGAGGAGGUUUCUCCACAGUUGUUCACUUUUCAUGAAGCUGUCUCUCAAAUGGUAGAAAUGGAAGAGCAAGUUGUAGAAGAUCAUAGGGCAGUUUUCCAGGAAUCUAUUCGGUGGUUAGAAGAUGAAAAAGCCCUUCUAGAAAUGACUGAAGAAGUGGACUAUGAUGUUGAUUCAUAUGCUACGCAGCUUGAAGCAAUCCUUGAACAAAAGAUAGACAUUCUUACUGAACUUCGAGAUAAAGUGAAAUCUUUCCGCGCAGCUCUACAAGAAGAAGAACAGGCCAGCAAGCAGAUCAAUCCGAAGAGACCCCGAGCCCUUUAAAAUGGGCACUUGCUGCUAAAGAAUCCCCGGAGCCCUCCAUACUCUUAACAUUUAUUGGUUUGGCUACGAGGGCCAUUUGAACAUUUAUAAACUUUUUUUAAAGUAUCUGUGGAAAUGUCCUGUUCUUCACCUCAAUGACAUUUCAAUUUAUGUGAAACACUCCUUUGUCUACAAAAAUGCUUUCUAGUCCAGGAGGCACAACCAAACAAAAUUGGGAUUUGUGAAGCUUUUUGUUUAAUGAUUCAUUCGUUCAAAUUGUGAAGCUUACAUUUGGAGAUCCUUGCCAAUUUAUUUUCUUUCUGAUAAUGAAGUAUAAGCCUGUGGACUUUUCCUUUAAAAGAAAAAAAAAGAAAAGCCACAGCAUUUCAUUUGAACUGUUCAAUUUUCCUACAGAGACCAACUGAGCAGUUUAAAGUUGUGUUUGCGUGCAUGCAUACCUCAUCAGUGAUUGUACAUACCUUGUCCUCUCCUAGAGACAGCUGUGCUCAACUCUUCUAGCUCUGUGCCUUGCUUAAGGCUACUGACCCUAAAUUUCCUUUCUGAAGCACAGCCUUAAUAAAUGACAUUCCUUAUUUGUCAGUGUAAAUUAACUUUAGCGUGUGUAUAUUUUUAAUGUGUGUGAGACUUUUUUUGUGUGAUUUAUUUCACUUUGCAGGAUGUGCCAUAUCACUGAACGGAACUAAAAUCUGUGACAGUGGACAAAGCCACUGGACCAUUCCAUCUUAAAUGUAUAAAAAGAAAAAAAUCUGGAAUUAUGAAUUUCAAUAUCAGAAAGUGUGGUUUCAAUUUUCUUAGCAUUUUAUUUGUAAAGGACAGAUAUAUAAAUUAGUUGAUGUAAAAUAAAAGGUAACAAAAUGAUGAGAAGAGUUGUAUGUUGGGGUAAUAGAGAUAAGCGAUAUGUGUGCCAGUGUGAUAUUGAUGAGAAUAAUAGUGCAAUUCUGAUUCUUAAAAAUGGGUACGAUUACUUAAAUGGUACAACUAACAAUCUAGACAGGUACCCUUUUCGGUAGUAUACUGUUUAAAAGAAAGUGGCUUCUGAUGCAUGUGUUACAUUAACUGUGGUCAUUUAUGGAGUCAUACGGUUGCUUUAAGGCAAAAGUAGCAAAUGCAUAUUUUCCCCGUAUGGUGAAAUCAGCUAAAAAGUGGGGUGGCUGUGCCAUGAAGAACAUAUGCACAUUUCAGCUCCUUUAAACACCCAUUUUAUGAUCAAUGUCACCAAGAAAUUUAGUUCUCACCAAAGUUAUGGUGGGGGUAUCCUGCACUUUUUAGAUGGCAGCACCUUCCCCCCCCCCCCAUCUUCAAAGGAGGAAGGUUUGCAAUUUCAUGUAAAUAUUUUAUUAGGGGAAAAAUUAUAGCUCUCUAGGAGUUCUCUCUCUGUUCUCCAGACAGAGUCCAAAAAGUAGAUUAACAAACUCUCCGUAGGAAGUCCUGUUUUAGUUUACUUUGGGAAACUGCUAGCUCAUUUAAUGCUGAGCAGCAAAAGGGAAAGCAAUGAGUAGAGAGCUAAAUGAGCCAGAUUCACCAUUUCAGUAUUUGCAACCCCUAUAGGAAGUUUGUGGGAAGCCCUUAUUGCAUCAUGUGGGAAAAACUCCUAAACUGUAAACAUAAAAGCUGAAAUACAAAUGUAGAUUUUCAUAAUGUGUUUAAUAAAUUAAGUUAUGGAAUAACUUUUAGAGAUGGGAAUUUACUUUUAUGAAAUUUUCUUGUAAAAACAUGUCUUAAUUUCUCCUCCGCCCAUUUUUGAAUCGGGUGUGCUUAGAGUUUAGAGCUAAGAAAUGCUUGGAAUACAGAGUUGUCACUCUCCAUAUCAAUUUUGAGACGCCAUUUUAUAUAACAACACAACAAAUUUAAUGAAUUUAAUGCCUUAUAGCUUUGCAUUAAGUGAGUGGGGAUAAGAAUUUUGCAUGGGAAAAGCUGAAGGCUAGCUAACUUUAUAGAAAUUGUUAAUAUGGCAGUUUUGACAGGCUUCUUUAUGAAGGCAAUGUUAAAAUAAUUUCAAAUCUGUAAAGAAAUAAAACUCAGGCCAUCUGUACCUAAUUUAACUUGAGUUAAUAAAAGGAUACAUUUAGCUCUGCAUAGCAUUUUAUUUUGGGAAUGAAAAAAAAGACUAGGGAAGGGCUGGGCAGAAAAUGUGGUUCAUUUAGGUGGCUAAUGGACUAAUGGACAUUUAAAACUUAAGCAUGCCCAUCAAGGACCGCUAGCCUUAAAUUUCAUAACAAUAUAGUGUGGCUACCAAGGUUGGGGUGGGUACAUUGUGUUCAGCCCUGAAGUUGAGGGAGUAGGAUUAUACCCAUGCGCACAUAGCUAAUGAUGGGGUUAAAACCAGAUCAGACUCCCCAUCCAGCCUCCUUUCCACUUUACAAAUAUUCAAAAACACAAUCAUUUAUCAAAAAGGAUGAUUUCUAAUUUAAUUUUUGUUGAAAUAUUUCUGCUUUUGAAUUAUAGUGAUAUAGUGAGAUUGCCUAAGUUGUGAAUCUUGCUUGAAGCAAAUGUGAUUAUACAUUGACAAGCAUCACUAUGAUUCUAAAGUAUGACUGGGCACAUUAAAAACAUGUUUCAAAAACUUAGGCUAUAGACUUAUAUACACUGUAUAAGUAUGGAUCUAUUACUACCCAUAUAUGAACAUUUCAGGUUCUAACAGGCCUGCAAAAGGUCCUUACCUUCAUGCAAUUCAUAAUUUAGAAUGCUAUAAAAUUAUAUAUUUUGCCAAAUUAUAACUAUUCUCAAGUGAAGAUAAUUGGAAAGUAAGGGGGCUAACUCAUACACUACAGAUAAAGAGCAAAAAUAUCCAGGGUUCUAAAAAGCUGGAUAAAAUGAUAAUAAAGUAUAAAUUCUAGGCUGUUUAUUUUCUGUGCUGUCAUAUAAAGUGAUCUCACAACAGUAAUUUUCCAUUAAAUCCACCAAAUGAAUAAUCCCAGUUGCUUUAAGUAUUCUAAAACAAAAGGAUUUUCCUCAUCUAGGAAUUUUCCUUUGUUAACAAAAUCAGGUUCAGGCCUACCCUUAUGAAUUAUGAUAGAAUUUCUUAAAAUCAAAGUAGUUUACGUCUUUCCUAGGUAUCUUAUAUUUUCCUUAAACAGUACUUUUUAACGAAUGUUAAAGAAGCAAAGCCAAGCAAAAAUUUGGAGUUUUAUUUUCUUUCAGUUAUUUCUAUGUGUACAAAGUACACUAUAGUGGCAUGAUUUUUGUGAGGUGACUGAUGGAAAGGAUCUUAAGAGAUCAUCUAGUCUAUAACUCCCUCAUUUGAACAGUGAAGAAAUUUGAGGCCCAGAGGUGAAGUCUGAAGUCAUAGAGCUACUGAGUAUCAGAAAUAAAUUGAGUAUACUACUCUACCCAAUGCAAUGGAAAAGGAACUUGGCUCCAGCAGGUAAGAAGGGUCAGACAGAUGAAUACAUGAAAAAGAAAAGUUCAUUAGAAUGAGGGAGGUGAAUGUGAGAUAAGUGGAAGACUGUGGAUAAUGAGAAAAAUAAUGACAAGGCGCUCAUCUAUCCCAAUAUAUAAGCAAAAGAGGAAAAGGCCUGUAGAAACAGCAGUCAUUACUAUCCUAAAUGUUAGUUUUAGGAGAUGAACACAGAAGCGAGAUGGUCCACGUGUUAAGUUUGUGCGUGUAUUGCGGCUAUUAACUUUUGGAGAAAAUUGUGUGUGCUCCAGAGGGUCAAUAACUUGGCCACUCUAUGCCCAAAGUUACAUAAAAUCUGAACACUUAUAAAAAUACACAACUAUUUUGACCUUAAAAACAAAUAAUACUUCAUGAGAGGGUGAAACCCGUGAGGUGUUUGGUGGUUAUCCUUGUAAAAAAAUAGAGAUUUAUCUUCAUUAUAUCAGUAGUCCAGUAAGUAAAAUUAAAGCUUCUUAUUGAGACUGGAAUUUUCUUUUUUUGUCUGCUUAAGAAAAAUGGAUGCCUUCUGCAUUGAAUCCAUGUAGCAAUCUGAAAAAAAAAUGAACAUGAAAAAGGCAAAUGAUAACUGGAAGAAGGCCCAUCCUGCUUAAAAUCGUGUGUGGCCCCUUAAGCUUUGGUCUAGUCUACAAAUAAGAUGUCAGAAAACAGAAUAAAGUCUAAGCUAAGAGCCCACAGUUUAAGCAAUAUUUGGUUUUUACAUUUUAAAGUACAAUAAAAAAGUUGACAAUAUAAUGUAAUAGAUUUGAUACAUAAAAAUACUGACAAAGAGCCCAGAUUCAAAUACUGCCUUUUUCAGAUGUCCUCGCCCUGUGGCCAUGGACAAGUCAAUUUUUUCAGUUCUCCAGUGAACUGAGACGUCUGAGGUUCCAAGUGAAUUAGAUGUGCAUGGGGUGGAAGAAUUCCCACACCAGGAUAUUUUCCCAGAUGAAAUAAUACGUCAAGAUAAAAAACCAAAACAGGUCACAAAAUAUAUAACUGACUUUCGGAAAAACCUGUUAGGAUUUCUUUCAAUUACUUUUCCUUGAUUUUAGUGUAUUCUGAUGUUAGGGUCCGAGUGGAAGACCACCCCAAGGAACACAUGGAGACAAUGCAAUUCAGGCAAGGGGAAGUUUAUUGCUAACAUGCUAGGGGAAGCUCAGCAAGUGAGUUCCGCAGAGGCAGAGUGGAGUUUAGAUUGGUUAAAGCAGUCAUAGUUGAGUUACUUGAUGGGGAAUGACAAUAUUUUUGGAAUAUUCUGCUAAUGAUUUUGGCUAGGUUAACAUAACAAGUGGGAGAUGCUUGGACAGAAAUGAAAGGUGGGCUAUUGUCGGCAUACCCAGGGGCCAGGCGGGCGAUGGUCGGCAUACCCAGGGGCCCUGUAGUUCCUGGGACUUUGCACAGACUGUUCUGUCCUCCCAGACACACCAGAGUGGAGGUCAAUUGAUUUUUUACUGAAUAACACUGAGAUUUAGAUUUUGUGUUUCAGUGGAAGACUUAGUUUGUCAGCUACGGUUUAAAUCUAUCAAGGUACACCGCAGAUCAGAUUUAGAACUACAAGGAGCAUCAGAGACUUUUCUACCCUCCAAAUUACAGGUGAGAAAACAGGCCUGGAGAGCAGCAGCUUGGCCCAGGGUCACCCAGGCAGUCAGCAGCAGAAUGAGGAUGGAAACUCCAGGCUCUUCAUUUCAGAUCCAUUGCUCUUCACUGUAUAAUGGUGUCUCUCUCACAGGAGAAUGGUAAUUAUGUACAGAAAAAAGGUUGUUAUAUGUAUAGAUGCCAAUGGAAGAGUAGGGAUUUCCCACAGUUCCUGUAAAGGUUGACUUAGGUGAAAUAAAAAAAAAAGGGGGGGAGGGGGGAGAGCACAAAGCCCCCCUAGGACCAUUUCUGAACUGCCUUCUGUGUGCCAAGCACUGUACUGAGGGCUGAGGAUACAAAGAAAGAUAAAAGACGGCCCCUGCUCUCGAGGAGCUCCCCGUCUAAUGAUGGAGGCAGUGUACAAACAAGCUUCCUAGUCUCUAAUGUUCGUGCUAUACUUCCAAGUGGGCAGGAAGGAGUUGAUUGUGGCGAUUGUAAAAAGAAGGAUAGCACACUGGAAAGAGAACCACACCCGAGUUUAACUUGCAUUCAACACUUUCUGGGCAGGAGCACUGCCCACCAUUCAAUCUGCAAACUUUGUGCAUCAUCUAACUGCAAGAUUUCUAUCAAACCAUAUUUAUCAACACAGCUAAGGCGAGCAGAGAAUUAAGACAAUUACUAGUUUGCUUAAGGACAAAAUUCUCCCUAAACCUCCAUGAGACCAUUUGUAAACCCAAUAUAAAUGAUCCAAAUACAUAGCUUCACUGUGGCUGCUGUGAGCCGGCCUCAGCUAACUGAGGGGCCACAAGCAGUGGUUAGCACCAGAAUAGGAAGAAAAGACGUGAGAGUCUCUUCCUUGGGAUCAGAUUCCUAUACCUCAGCUAAGGAAGUUUUGAAAAUAAAUACCUUAUUAAACGGACGAGCUCCAAAAAGAAUAUGAGCGCAGGUUAGUUAAAAAUCCCCCAUAACCCAGAGGUUAUCUAUUGGCUUUGACUGUUCCUCAUUACAGGUUCUACACCAAAUAUUCCAUGCGAUGGAAGUCCUAAGCAACAGGUUUUCCAAGUAGCCCCAUGUGGCUCUUCUCUAAUGGCCUUUAAAUACAGCAUCUGAAGGUGUCAAGAGUUCAGAAAUGCAAACAUGUCUAAGCGAUUUAGAAAAACAAAAAUGUAAUUACCUGAUAAAGUCAUCUAUGUCCAUGGAACGGGCCCUUUUGUCGCUAAAACCUGUAUCCAUUAAGAUUUUCUGUAUUUUAUCUGCAAUGCUGAAAUCUUCUGGUAUUGCCUAUCAACACAGGUUGCAGAAUAAACGAAUGUGAUAUCUUGCAA